GUGACGUCAUUUCAUAUUGGCAAAAUGGCCGCUAUCUUUGGAGGAAAUCCUCUGGUCACACCAAUAGGCCAGAAGAUAGAACGAGCUACAGAUGGAUCCCAGGCAUCUGAAAACUGGGGACUUUUUAUGGAAGUCUGUGAUAUGAUCAAUGAGACUGAUGAAGGACCUAAGGAGGCAAUCAAGGCUAUAAAGAAGAGACUUUCACAAAAUGUUGGCAAAAACAAUGUGGCCAUCAUAUAUACUUUGACGUGUCUGGAGACAUGUGUCAAGAACUGUGGCAAGAGGUUCCAUCAGUAUGUGGCCAACAAAGACUUUCUGGGGGACAUGGUGAAAAUCAUCGGUCCCAAGUACGACCCUCCACAGGCGCUCCAGGAGAAGGUCCUGUGUCUCAUACAGACAUGGGCUGAUGCCUUCCGUGGCAUCCAGGAGCUGAGGGAGGUGGAGAAGGUGUACCAGGACCUGAAGAGUAAGGGUAUAGAGUUCCCCAUGACUGACCUUGACAGCAUGGCUCCCAUACAUACGCCGGCACGGACACAUGGUGGUCAUCCUGAUGUAGAUCCGGGGCUCAACAGGAUGAGGCCUGCCAGUAGUACCAGAGCUGCCAAAUAUAUGGUAGCUGAUGAUCUAGAGCCGCGGAUGGUUUCGGGGAUGAGCCCUGGGAUGGCUCCUGGAAUGGCUCCUGGGAUGGCUCCUGGAAUGGCUCCUGGGAUGGCUCCUGGGAUGGCUCCGGGGAUGGCUCCGGGGAUGUCCCCAGUCCCUAUCCAGCCCAUAGUGCCGCCACAGAUGGCCCAACAGCCAGUACACGGUGCACCACAGACAAGCGGACCCAUCAACCCAACCAUAGACCAGAUGACAAAGUUAAAAAGUGAGCUGAACGUGGUGCAGGGUAACAUCCGUGUGAUGGGAGAGAUGCUGAGCGAGUUAUCACCCACCAAUGUCGACCCCUCCGACCUUGAACUGCUGCAGGAACUGAAUCGCACCAAUCGACAAAUGCAGCAAAGACUGGUGGACCUCUUGGAUAAAAUAGCAAAUGAAGAAAUAACAAAUGAACUUCUUAGGAUUAAUGACGACAUCAACAAUGUGUUUCUGCGAUAUGAAAGAUUUGAAAAGUACCGAACGGGACAAACUGGCCAACAAACAAACCAGCCUGCUACCCAGGUGUCACCUGAGCCCUCCCCCCAGGACUCGCACUUACCACCAUCAUAUGACCAGAUUGUCACAGGAGGCUCUGACCAGGUUAGUGCCUCUACAGGGCAACCCGGUGUUGGUAACCUAAUUGACCUAGGACAUGACACACAACCCACAGGUCUCAGCUCUCAGUUCUCAGACAUGGGACUAGGGGCUGGAAGUGUGAGUAACACCCUAGGCCAACUCAACUCCACACCCACCACCAACAGUGUGCAUCCUUCCUCCGACGAUUUUGAUAUGUUCGCCCAGUCUCGCCAGUCAUUUGACCAGAACAAGAAGGCGGUGGGUGUAUACUCAACCCAACAAGAGGAUCAGUAUGGAGGUGGUCUCAGCCAAGCUGUCAAUGCCAAAGUAACGCCCGGGCUAGAUGAUGCUGAGGAGGUGUUGAAGCCUGAUAGUCUACCAUCUAAACAGUUGCAAGAUCGGGAAAAUGAUUAUGAUGAAAUGGAACAAUGGUUGACUGAUGAACAGAAGAAAGAUUUAGAAAACGCAAGAGGCAAGCCUCAAGAAUCCAUCACUAGUUCAGAAUUUGACGAGUUUUUGGCAGAGCGAGCUGCUGCAGCCGAUACCCUCCCCAGCAUAUCUGCACAAACUGGUCAACAGCCACGCUCGGCAAACCGCAAUCGCCAACUAAAACAGAAAGACGAGGAUGAGAACCCGUUGUUUGCUCUGUAGUUAGGACUAUAUCUGUGUGGAAGAGAACGUAUGUAAAAUAUCUAUGGUAAAAAAAACUCCCUGGAAUUCCUGUAUAAAGCGAGAUCAUUAACGAUGUCAUCAUUUCAAAAUGGAGUGAUUCUUUAUGUUUUGAUAUUAAUUAGAAUAUGGAUUUGAAAAAGCCCCUGAACUGAUGGUGUGGGAGAACCAUUUAACUUGUUUCGGAUGAAUCGGUGUGCAGAUUAUUCUCCUUCUGUAAAAAUGCCAAAUAUAAAUAUUAAAGUUCAAAAUAUCAAAAUAUGUAAGACCACUUAAAUGAAAAGUGUUCACUAAACCAAGGAUGUUUUAUGAUUUCCGUAUGUAGACAAGACUAGGCCUAGGAGGGAGGGGCAUGGAGUGUGGCAAGAAAGUGGUAUGGUGUAAGUAGAAGCGAGAUGAUGGGAGGGAGGGGUGUGGAAGGAGAGGAGAUGGGGAUUUGGGGUAUGCCUGUGUCUAGUUGACAUGUCCUUGUUCUGGUUUGUCUACCGGUGUUUCGUCUGUGAGUGUGGGCUGGGAGAUUCUAGGUUCUUGUUAUCGGACAUCUAGUGCUGCGUUAUUUCUAACAAGCAUGCAAUAUCGUGUUCGUGUAAUAGGAUUGUCUGUUGGUUGUUUAUUUCAUAUCUUUUUUUGGAUUAUAUUACACAUCAACUUUUGUGUAGAAAGAUUGUUUUUAUUUAUCUCAUAAAUCAAGCAUCAUCAAUAUUAUUUAAAAUAGCCCUAGUGUAUUUCAGUUGUGUGAUGCAAAAUAUACUUUUUGCAAUGUAUUAGAAGUCAUCCUCGCCUGUUAUCAAUGGUUUAGGGUGAGAGGGAUGGGAGUGUUUGUCUUUAAUAGGAUGAGGAGAGUGUCGUGUUGAUCAGCUCAGAGUGCCUAGAUAAAUCUCUAUUAUAUGUGAUAUUAUUACCCAGUAGAAUUCGUAGUAAGUUUGAACUAGAUCAACUGAAGAUUAAUUGUAUUAUAUUGCCCAGAUAGAAGAUACCGCAUUCAAGUAUUACAGAUUUACUGCAGUCAUGCGAUCAAGGACCUGCAGUCAUGAUCGAUGAAUUUACAUAGCCAUGCAUUCAUGUACAUAUACAAAAGUACAUAAACUGCAGUAAUGGGUCCUGCCAUGCAUCAGAGGUCUUAGGCUUGUAUCUUGAGUAAUAAGUCUUGUCAUGCACGCUAGGUCCUGAAGGUCUGUCUACUAAAACCAUGUACUCAGCCCUGUAAUUGGUAACUAAAGGUCAUGCAUUCAUGUAUGAAAGUUCUUGCAGCCAUCUAAAAAAAUGGCCUGCAAUUGAAGAACCACCAGGUAUUCCGUCUUUGCGUAUAGCAGAGUUAUCUUCUCUUGUGAGCAGGUAUUGAUUGUUACGUCAUUGGUUUGUGU